GAAGUUGCUGCGAGAAAGAAGACCAAGAAAGAGCAUACGAAGCGCAAACACGAGGAGAGUACGACCAGUGGCGUGAAGCACGAGGAGAAGAAGGCAAAAUCAAAACUGGCGCAGCAGGAUGAUGAGGAUGAUGCGCCAGAGGAGCAGCCAGCUAAGAAGAAAUCAAGGAAAGAGCGAAAAGAAGAAAAGCGAAGGCAGAAGGAGCAAGAGGAGGGGGUGGAGCCUGUGAAGGAGCCAAAGAUCGUCAAAGAAACGCACCAGGUAGAAAAAGAGGCAGAAGAGCAGGUUACCAAGGAAUUGAAAGAAGCUGCGACAGAGGCCGAUGAUGACUUCGCGAGCUUCGAUGAGGAGGAUGAGCAAAACGAUCCAGAGAAGGACGAUUCGGAAAUCAAGUCUGGCAGCGAAGAGGAGGAUGCCGUUCAAGAUAGUGCAAAUGGCGCUGCUGAAGAGGAUAGUGACCAAAAUGAGUCUUCUGGAGAGGAUGAGGAGGUCGAUGGUGAGCCAGAGCAACCUACGAGCGAUGGAGAUUUGGGCCAACCUUCUGAUCUGCCAUCUGCGCUUGGCGUCUCUCUUCCCAUGACCGCAACAACACCCCAGAAGUUCUCCGAGCUGAAUCUAUCCGAGAAGACUAUGCGAGCGAUCAAAGACAUGCCCUUCGACACCAUGACCGAGAUCCAGCAGCGGGGUAUACCUCCUUUACUUGCCGGUAGAGAUGUCCUUGGUGCUGCAAAGACUGGAUCUGGAAAGACACUGGCGUUUCUCAUCCCUGCUGUGGAGAUGCUGCACUCGCUAAGAUUCAAGCCUCGAAAUGGUACUGGUGUCAUUGUCGUUUCGCCUACUCGAGAAUUGGCGCUGCAAAUCUUUGGCGUGGCGCGCGAGCUCAUGGAACACCAUUCUCAGACUUUCGGCAUCGUCAUUGGAGGCGCAAAUCGACGAGCUGAAGCUGAAAAGCUCUCCAAGGGCGUGAAUCUGCUCAUCGCUACGCCCGGACGUCUGCUUGACCAUCUACAGAACACGCAAGGAUUCGUAUUCAAGAACGUCAAAGCCCUUGUAAUUGACGAGGCUGAUCGAAUUCUUGAAGUUGGAUUUGAAGACGAAAUGCGCCAGAUCGUGAAGAUUCUGCCAAAGGAAGACCGCCAAACGAUGCUUUUCUCCGCCACACAAACCACCAAAGUCGAAGAUCUUGCCAGAAUAUCGCUCCGAGCGGGUCCGCUAUACAUCAACGUGGACAGUCGGCAGGAGCACAGCACGGUCGCCGGCCUUGAGCAAGGCUACACAAUUUGCGAGGCUGACAUGCGAUUCCGGCUACUCUUCACCUUCCUUAAACGACACGCUUCGAAAAAGAUCAUUGUCUUCUUCAGCAGUUGCAAUUGUGUCAAGUACUACUCAGAACUGCUCAACUACAUUGACCUGCCUGUGCUUGACCUCCACGGCAAGCAGAAGCAACAGAAACGCACGAACACUUUUUUCGAGUUCUGCAAUGCCAAGAACGGUACCCUCAUCUGUACAGAUGUCGCGGCGAGAGGUCUCGAUAUUCCCGCUGUGGACUGGAUCGUACAGUUCGACCCACCAGAUGAUCCUCGAGACUACAUCCAUCGUGUCGGUCGUACAGCUAGAGGUGCGAAUGGAAAGGGCAAGAGUUUGAUGUUUUUGCAGCCAAAUGAAGUCGGCUUCCUCAGUCAUUUGAAGGAGGCCAAAGUACCACUUGUUGAGUUUGAGAUUCCGUCGAAGAAGAUUCUCGACAUUCAGAGUCAGCUUGAGAUGCUGAUCGGGAAGAAUUACUAUCUCAACAAGUCUGCCAAGGAUGGCUUCCGCUCAUACCUCCAAGCCUACGCAUCGCACUCCCUUCGCUCCGUCUUCAACAUCCAGCAGCUUGACCUCAAAAAGGUCGCCAAGAGCUUCGGAUUCCCAGUCCCACCAAAAGUCGACAUCAAUCUUGGCGCGAGCAUGAAGAAGCCCGACAGCGCGAGACGAUCAUAUGGAAGCCAACCUAAGCAAAAGUUCGGCAACAAGCGCAGAUAGUAACGUAAUGUAUUCUCGACUC